ACGAACAUCGGUGUUGUACAGAAGUGUAAAAAAUACUAAGUUAUAUCUUAUCAGCCUCGAAUAAUUCUUUUAAAUAAUUCAUCAUGGAAAGAGAAAUUUUAGCAUCUAUUGGUGACAAUAAAUACAAAGUUGAUUUGGGAAGCAUGACGAAAAGUUCUUUUGAAUCUAUUUUUGAGUCGAACAAUGAUAUUGAGGAGUUUGAUAUUUGGAUGGAAAUUGAAAAUGAUGACGAUUUAGAGAAAUUAAAGAGACUUUUUAACGAGAAAGGAGCUAACGUGAAGAAGUUAACUUGGGCUAAUUGGAGUAAAUAUACAUUAUCAACUGCAGACCUUUCUGCUAUGAUUAACUGCUUGCCCCAACUGAAGUUUGUUCAAUUUUCAUCAUGGCAUACUGAAUUGACUGGAGAAGUUGCUGUCGAAAGCUUAGAACUAGCAAAUUUGUGCUGUGUCGAUAUUAAUGAAUGUGGAAAUUUCAUUUUCGAUUUCUUAUCGGCUGCUCUGCCAGAUAAUAAGCUUAAAUGCCUUAAAGUUAAAGGUGUAAGUGAGGUAGAUGCUAAAUUUAGCACAUUCAUCAAGAAACAACAAACUUUGAAGCAAUUGGAAAUUUGUAAUGGCGAUUUCAAUACAUUAGAUUCACUGAAAGACUUGAAGCUUGAGAGUCUUCGUUGUAUAUUAAUUGAAAGAAAGGAUGAAACCGACAGUCAGCGCACAUUUUUGACAGAAUUGAUAAAAUCACAAACGGAAUUAAAGAGCUUAGACCUGCUUAAUGAUAUGGAUUAUUCAUUCUGUUUUGUCGAUGAUUCAGUCUUUGCAGAAAUUUGUGCCUUAUCACAACUCGAAUCGCUUCUUAUCAAUGUGGAUGAAAUUUCUGUCGAUGGAAUUAAAUCGAUUUCCAACUUAACAUCAUUAAAGAAUGUGGAAUUUAAAACAAAUAGAGACCGCGCAUUGCCAGUUUUUCAAGAAUUCAGUUCGUUGAAGAACACAACUUUGGAAAAUUUGGUUUUGAGAUUAUGGUCAUUUGAUAUACCAGCUGAAACUUAUACUGCACUUGGAGCAAACUAUGAGAACCUAAAAUCCUUAAGGAUAACUCUCGGAACCAGACAUAAAAUCAGCUUCUUUGUUGGAGCAUUUACAAAUCUUGAGAGUUUGAGCAUUAAAUUUGGCGAAGCAAAUAAUCCAGUUGAAUUUUCAAAUGUAUUUGACGGCGAUGAAGAUGUAAAGAACUCAAACCUGAAGAAGCUUCGUUUAGAUUUCUGGGGAUCAGAAAUGGUGGAUUCUAACAAAUUCUUUAAGUUCCUUGAGAUUUUUGAGAACCUUGAAAGUCUCGAAAUAAAAACUAAAUUGCCAUUCUGCACUGAGUUUGUCAAUCAACUUGCCGAAAAGUUAAAUACCAUAAAAGUUCUUAAACUAGUUUCAUUUGCCAUUUCAAACGAUGAAGUCUUUGGAGCUGAAAUAUGUGAUGCAUUUAAACAAUUACGCUCAAAACUAAGAUAUGCUAAUCUGACAUUCUUAAACCUUCAACAACAUGAUUUUGGCCAGGAACUUGGUGAAGGAGAACAAGGUGUAAGCCGUGCUUUUACAUUUGAUCCAUUUGUUGAAGCUUUGAAAGGUGUUUACACAGCAAAGGAAUAUGGAUUCGCAAACAUUCGUAUUCAUAACAAUUUGAUCUUAACUGCUGGAGAUGAGGAAUAAUUUAGAAAUUGUCUAUGUAUAAUAUUUAAAUGCUUUUUCCUUAAUUCAAUGCACAAAAAUUUGUAAUUGAAAUAAAAAUGUAUUAUUGCCUUUAAAAAAUUGCAGAACGAGCCAAAUUAACAAAUUUUGUAUGUUCUAAUAUACUAAACUUGUUGAAAAAUUAUGACGUAACUAGAAUAUGUAUACAGACUUAUAUAUUGAAUAAAUAACACUUAAAUAAAAAA